AUCAGUGGCUUCUUCCUGGAAGUGGAGGCCGGAAGUUGGAUUUCGGCUUGGGGUGGAGAAGGCGUCUGCUGGUGUAAUCCCAGAGCUGAAGUUCUUGAUCUUCCACAAUGGGUGAGCCACAGCAAGUGAGUGCCCUCCCACCCCCUCCGAUGCAGUACAUCAAGGAGUAUACAGAUGAAAAUAUUCAGGAAGGCCUCGCUCCCAAGCCUCCACCUCCAAUAAAGGACAGUUACAUGAUGUUUGGCAACCAGUUCCAGUGUGAUGAUCUUAUCAUCCGCCCUUUAGAAAGUCAGGGUAUUGAACGACUUCAUCCUAUGCAGUUUGAUCACAAGAAAGAACUGAGAAAACUCAAUAUGUCUAUCCUUAUUAAUUUCUUAGACCUCUUAGAUAUCUUGAUAAGGAGCCCUGGGAGUAUAAAACGAGAAGAAAAGCUAGAAGAUCUUAAGCUGCUUUUUGUACAUGUACAUCAUCUCAUAAAUGAAUACCGACCCCACCAAGCAAGAGAGACCUUGAGAGUCAUGAUGGAGGUGCAGAAACGUCAACGUCUUGAGACAGCUGAGAGGUUUCAAAAGCAUCUCGAACGAGUCAUUGAGAUGAUUCAGAAUUGCUUGGCUUCUCUGCCUGAUGAUUUGCCUCAUUCAGAAGCAGGGAUGAGAGUGAAAACUGAACCAAUGGACGCUGAUGACAGCAACAAUUGUACUGGACAGAAUGAACAACAAAGAGAAAAUUCAGGUCAUAGGAGAGAUCAGAUUAUAGAGAAAGAUGCUGCCUUGUGUGUCCUGAUUGAUGAAAUGAAUGAAAGGCCGUGAAGGAUGUUUCUUUUCCUUUCCCCUUCAGUGAAUGGUAUACACAUUAGUUAAUUCACUUUUAAAGAGUCUCAAAAGAGAUAUAACUAGAAGUCUUGCAAGCAGCUUGAUUCUCCAACUGUGAGAAGUCACAGCAGUAAUUUCACCUUAUGGCAAGCAUAGGUAAAUGAGUGUGCCUACAUUAAUUAAGAGUGAUCACCUUAAAAAGCAGAGUGCAGGUAUUUGUGGAAUAUCCGUGUUUCCAGAGUCGCAGUGAAUUUUGAAGAUAUCUUCAGUGAUAGCAGGUUUUCAACCCUGGAAAGUAGAUUUGUCAUUUGCUUUAAGAGUGAUAGAUAAUAAAGGAUAUCAGACUUUAUAAAUGUGAAAUUAUGAAAUCUUUGUUUCAUUUAAAAACUUGCUUAAUCUCUAAAAAAGAAUAGUGUAACAUGUUUAAAGAGAGGAACCCCAGAGUUAUAUAACAGUUUCAUUUUUUUCUGUUGGCUGUUCUUGCAAACACUGUCUCAGCCUCUUACCCCUAUCCUGGAUGGAUCCUGGAACUUUUAUCCAGUCCCUAAGAAGUCCUUUGAUCACUUUUAGUUAUAAACAUUCAUUUUAAUCAUUAAAAUGUCCAUGUGAAUUAUCUGUACUACAUUUCCUAGAUUCAGACUUGCUUUAGGCUGGAAGCCUGCAAUGCAAAGGGGGUUUGGUGGCAGAGAUCGCUGGAUCUCCACCAGAGAUUCUUACUCCCCUGAGACAUGCCUUGCCAGAAACUAUGGUUCUCCAUUCCCUGUGCAUCUCUGUGAGGCCACGCAACUGAGUUCUUAGCAGUGGAAUAUGACAUAAAAAUCCAGGCCUGCCCCAUAAAAGUUUCUUAUAUCACC